AUGAAAGAAAAAAUCGAAGAGAAGCUCAAGUCCGUUCUCCAUAGGAGAAAGAAGUCUACGCCCACGCAAUCCCCUCGGGCCUCGUACGAACAGUCCGAGGAGACUAGUCCGCGCACCCAGCAGCACCCAGCAUCACCGCGCAGCCGUCUCCAGCAAGAUUCCGCAGUCGCAAACGAUGCUUUUCACUCGGACACGAGGAGUCAACCACGGGACUCUGCCUACCACGACGGACGAGCGAGUCAUGCGGCAGCAGCUCCGAACACGGACCUCAAUGGAUCCAUUGCGGAUGAUUACAGAUCUUACCUUCCAGCUUUAGCUUCUGAAGAAGACCCAAUGGCCGAGGCAGACGUACCAGACAGACAUCUUCGAUAUAGACCAUCGACUGAUGCGGGGCGGUUGAAGCCUCUUCCCGACACACCAAAUUCUUCAAGUCAUCAUCGCGUCGAUCGCUCCAAACACCUGAUCGAUAGUACUGGCCCUGGCAGCACAAUACGCGCAGUACCGUCUGAACCCUCCAGACACCAAGUCAGCAACGCCGGCUUUAACGAUAGCCUUCGAUCGCACAGAGAGAGUUCUCCAUAUGAGAACCAUGGCCUGAUGAAGAGUGGUCAUCCGGUGGGAGGGUCUGCCGAGGAUGAUGCGCUGGCUGUGAAGCCUGUUCCAGGUCUUGCAAUUACGAAGGACCAACAUGGCAUGGACGGUAGUCAUGACUGGAAGACGAAGCAGAAAGCUAUGCUUGAAGGCGUUGUGAAUCUGAAAGAUACUGUGGAUACGGAUAAGGAUGUCACCGUCGCCCCAGCCGUUGUACACGAAGUUAUCAAGCCACAUGAGCACGAGGUUAUACAGCAGCGCAUCCACCGCGAGAUCCACAACUAUACAUACUACCACCGGCUACAGCCGGUUCUUCAGACCGAGGUCCUCCCCCCUCGUCACUUCAUUCCCAAUCCUGAUGGAGAGGGCUUGAUCGAGAUUUCUGCCGACGAGUUGCCAAAUCGUACUGGUAAGAACAGAUGGUGGGACAUAGUCCAGAAGGAGCCAGUCCUUCCAGCAACUCCAUUCGAAUGGCGCACGGAGCCGCAGAUUAUUGAGGGAAAGCCGUACAUAACCGAAGAGGGCUUCGAACGUAGGGAGACGACUAUCAUCUAUCCACCAAAGCUGGCAGAUAUGUCGCGCUAUCAAGGACUGGUUCAGCCAGUGCAUUUCGAUCACAAAACUGGAGAGCGAUGGUUGGGAGAAGUAACGACGGCUGAGAAGUUGAACCGGGAGCUGGAGCGUACAGAGGACGAGGAUUUCAUGACCAUGAAGGACAUUACUGCAGAUUUGCCGAAAGUUUCAUCAAGUCCCUCUGUCAAGCGGAAGCCUGUCGGUCGCGACUCUCUCUAG